AUGGAUGAGGAGAUUUUAAAAACAGUUGAAGCAGUAUUGGGCAAGAAUAUUGAAAUUGUUGAUUGUCAGAAAACAAAGACAGUUCAAGAGGAAGAGAUUUUAUUAAUAAAUGGAAAGCCGAUAAAACUCGAAGGCAGCGAUGGAGCGGCAAUAAAAAAGGCUCUUAUGACAGGACAAAUUCCACCAUGCGAUUUGCUCAAUCAAAUUUUAUUUCAAGCUGGAAUACUUCGACAACCAGUUCAUUUGGAAACGACAUUGAGUGUCAAAUCAAGUCUGACAACGACCGAAGAGAUUCGAGUUGCUCGCAAUGGUAUUAUUCUCGAUGAGAGAUCACUGGAAACAAAAGAAGAUAAUUAUUACACAAGUGAAUGUACUGAGGUGUGGGAGCCUAUAGGAAAGGUCACCACAUUAAUUAAAAAUUCCAACGGGGUCACAGACGAUUAUUGUCUGCCAUCAGCUGAUGAAAAUUUGACAUUUAUAAAGCGCAAUAAAACAUCAUCGUCCACACAAAUACCGCCAAUGCGUCAAAAUUCUGUAUGCACAAAUGAUUCAAUAUAUUCUUCAUCAGCAUCGUCCUCCUCUCGUCCGACAAGCGAUUUGUCCGUCAAUAUAAGUAAUAGUGACAUGAAUCUCUACGAUAACAUUCAGUCGUAUCUAAUAAAUAAUCAUGGCCAUUCGAAUAAUAAUAAUAAUAACAUUCACACCAGCACAUCUCUUGAUCCGAAACUCAAUCAAAGUUUGAGUUGUGAUUCCGGACAUCAUGACUACAGUCUCACAUCAACAACUGUUAAUGAUGAUGAAUACAUUAUUCCAUCUACUGCAACACAAUCAUCAAUUGCAACUCAAAGUUCUUUCAAUGGCACCGAAAGUAAUAAAACUGCAAAUUGCUCAGCCGCAUCAAUCGACGAAAUUGAUUUCCAAAGGUGUCGCAUUAAUGGCGAACCGUUAUUAAUUAAAUUGAAGCCACAACACUAUUUGCCAACCAUUUUUGGCACAGUGGCGUCAGAUCAAUCACCCAAAGAUAUUUCCAGUCGACGAGGCCUUCCACAAACUGUGUCCGGCCAUCAAGUAAUAUCAUCCACCGACGAAUUCGACUCAGAUGAGAAUACUCUAAUUUAUCGUGAUGGAAAUUUAUCGUCAGCAACAUUGGAGGCACUAAUACAGCACAUGGUUCCCACUAACGACUAUUAUCCAGAUCGUUCAUAUAUUUUUGCAUUCUUGCUUAGUUCGAGGCUUUUCAUAAAACCAUAUCAAUUACUAUCGAAAAUUUGGGAUCUUUCAACACAGCAACAGAAUUUAAAAUCAUUUAUUCAGCAAAAGCUCGCGCAGAAUAAUCCAAAGUUGAGUCGGUUUUCACAAUUUUUAAUUCAAUUGCUUGCCGAAUGGGUAGACACCUUUCCAUAUGACUUCCGUGACGAGCGGCUAAUGUCACAAAUAAAAGAAAUCACACAAACAUCUAUCCAAAUAAAUCCAAGUCUUCGGACGGAAGUUUCACAAUUGCUGCAGAAUCUUCUGUCAAAACUCCAAGAGCUCGAAAAUUAUGAGGAGCAUUUAGAGAAAUUGAAUCAGCAGACGAGCAACGGAAAAGACGAAUGUGAUUCAACAAAUAAAUCGCCAAAUAAUGCCAAUGGAUUGCAACAGCAAAUCUCUGUUCAUUCUAAUCAUAGUCAUAAGAGUAAUUCAUCAAGUAGUUCCCUGAUUGUGUCAACCCUAAGUCAUCAGAGCGAUAUCUCCGAAAUAUGUUCAUCACCCUUACUUCUUGCCCAUCAAUUAACUCAUAUCGAACUCGAACGUUUAUCACACAUCGGGCCAGAAGAGUUUGUUCAAGCCUUUACAAAAGAACAUCCAUCAAUUGAAACAUCGUUUAAGGAUCUCAAAAAGACACGCAAUUUGGAAUCGUAUGUGACAUGGUUUAAUAGAUUAAGUUAUCUUGUUGCCACUGAUGUUAUUAAGCAUCCGAAAAAGAAGCAGAGAGCGAGAAUAAUCGAGUUUUGGAUUGAGACGGCACGUGAGUCAUUUAACAUUGGUAAUUUCAAUAGCUUGAUGGCAAUCAUUGCGGGACUCAAUAUGUCACCUAUUUCAAGACUUAAGAAAACGUGGGCCAAAAUUCAAUCUGCCAAAUUUUCAAUCCUCGAACAUCAAAUGGACUCAUCAAGUAACUUUAGUAGUUAUCGUUCAACAUUAAAAGCUGCGAUGUGGCGAUCAGCUGGUGCCACAGAUGAACGAGAAAGAAUUGUUAUUCCAUUUUUCUCAUUACUUGUUAAGGAUCUCUACUUCCUCAAUGAGGGAUGUUCCAAUAAACUGCCAUGCGGACAUAUAAAUUUUGAAAAAUUCUGGCAAUUAGCAAAACAAGUGACAGAAUUUAUGGCGUGGAAACAAGUAACGUGUCCUUUUGAAAAGAACGAUAAGCUCAUCAAUUAUCUCCAAACCACCAGUAUUCUCAAUGAAUGUACACUAGCAUUAGCCUCAUUUGAAUGUGAACCACCCGAGAAUAAUCACGAAAAAGAUCAUUUUAAAUUUCUUAAAAAUGAAGUCCACAAAUGA